AUCUUUCUUAAUCCUCUCCAUGCACUAGCAAACCUCACCGCCGGCAUAAAUCGACCUCCUUCCUCGCUGCAAUUCGUACAUGGCUUCCUCCACGGCGAGCAUAGAGACGUCGGCCAGCUCCCGACCCACCGAAGCCUUCUCCUUCUCAGCCGGAGACGCUGCCGGGGAGGACUACUCCUUCCGGGGAUUCCCGGACAGCUACGGGAACGGGGAUCCUCGAGGAACUUCUAAUCUUCUAUCGCUUCCGCUCUCUCCUCCGUCGCUCUCCCCUUCUUCCUACUUCUCCAUCCCCGCCGGCCUCAGCCCCACCGGGUUCUUGGACUCCCCUGUUCUCCUCUCAUCUAAUGUGUUGCCAUCUCCUACAACUGGCUCACUGUUUUCCUCUCAAGCUUUCAAUUGGAAAGGCACAGAUUCUAACUAUCAGCAAGGAGUAAAGAAUGAGGAGAAGCCCUUCCAUGAGUUCUCUUUCCAAAUUCAAGCCAGUAAUGGAAACAAUCAAGCAUCAUCCUUCCAAAAGGAGGAAGCCAUCAUUAGGGGAGGACAGCAGCAGCAGCAUCAAUCAUGGAUCCAGCAGCAACAAUUCAGCAACACCAACAUGGAAGCUGAAUCUAUGGUUCCAAUCCAAGCAAAAUUUGAUGAGAGCAGAGGAUUGAAUCAGUACCCAGCUGUUCAGACCUUGCAGAGGAGGUCAGAUGACGGGUACAACUGGAGGAAAUAUGGGCAGAAGCAGGUCAAGGGAAGCGAAAAUCCACGAAGCUACUACAAGUGCACCUACCCGAGUUGCCCCACCAAGAAGAAGGUGGAGAGGUCUUCGGAUGGCCAAAUCACAGAGAUUGUGUACAAAGGCACUCACAACCAUCCGAAGCCUCAGUCGAAGAAGAACGCCACCUUCUCUCAAGCUUCUCGACCUUCCGGACUCGGUGAAACAGCCAAUGAUCAUUCGGUAAUUGAAUCAGCCGCGACACCUGAAAACUCUUCAAACUCCUUCGGAGAUGAUGAUGUGGAUAUGGCCACCCAUGGUAGAUCAGGAGUCGACGAAUUCGAUGACGAUGAGCCCGACGUUAAGAGAUGGAAGCAAGAAGAAGAAGGUGACAUAUCAGGUUCAGCUAAUAGAACGGUCAAGGAGCCAAGGGUGGUGGUUCAGACCAUGAGUGACAUUGAUAUCCUCGAUGAUGGAUACAGGUGGAGAAAAUAUGGGCAGAAGGUUGUCAAGGGGAACCCUAAUGCAAGGAGCUACUACAAAUGCACAACGAAUGGUUGCCCAGUGAGGAAGCAUGUGGAGAGAGCUUCUCAUGAUCAAAGGGCAGUGAUUACUACCUACGAAGGCAAGCACAACCAUGAUGUCCCAGCGGCUCGAGGAAGUGGAGCACAACUGGUCAACAGGCCUAAUUCGAUUAACUAUAACACUAACAACAACAACAACAAUAACUUUUCAGUGGCUAUACGACCAUCGGCGACGACGAACAAUCAUAAUCAGCCUUUUGCAAACUCUUUCUUUAACACCAAAUCCGAAUCGUCGCAUAGCCAAUCCCCCUUUGGUAGUCUUGACAUGAUUCAGAGCUCAGGGAACUAUGGACUCUCUGAUUAUGAUAGCUGAAUUCUUCUUACGUGAAUUUGCAGCGGCAGUAACAAAGACAAAUACAAAUUGUGUUCUCCAAAGCGAACGAAGGACAGAGAGACAAGUCAAUUUCUUUCUUGAUACUGCUGCAGAGGUGAAGCCGGAGUGACGCAGUAGUAGAUUUGUUCAAUUCAUUUAAUUACUUGAGGCCCUUUCAGCAUAGUCUGGCCUCUGUUUAUGUUUGCACUAAUUACACCAAUUAGAAAUUAGAAUAAUGGCUAGACAAGACAAAGGAAUGAAUAAUCUGUAUUUUCAAUUGUUUUUUGUUUUUAUUACAGUACCCAAAACACAAGCUUGCAUGGGUUUCAUUUGCCCAAUUUGUAUUGCU